AAAGCCACAGGCGUCUGUUAAUACUCAGCCUGGAUAUAUGUUGACAUUCGCAACAAAUGUAGAAUUUAGAUUGUCCUUCUUUUUCUACCAUCUAGUAUUUCAUUUUUCGCGCAAAACGUCAAGACGAGUGUCAUGUAAAAAAAAAUCGCAUAACGCAGAAUUUGGUAAACCGUAAUUUUUCGGAUUUUAUUUGUUUAUUUCAAUAGAUCUAACACUGGCAUAUAUUUGCGUAUCAUGCACCUCAUGCUCCGUGGCCUGGAUACGUCUCGUAUUAUAUCUAGAUAAUGAAACCAGGAGGCAGCUAUUUUCUUCAUAUGGCAGAGAUGGAUUUGAAAACAGCCACAACAGCGAUGGAAGCCUUGGUUCGUCUCAGCUCUAACAUGAAGAGCCUGGAGCAUGAGCUGCAUUGUCCUGUGUGUAAGGAAAUAGUCAAGCAGCCUGUGGUCCUGCCAUGCCAGCACAGCAUCUGUCUCUUGUGUGCCUCUGAGGUGUUAGUGGCAAAUGGCUACCCGCCUCCUGAGCUUCCCCCAGAGCCCAAUUCCCCGGCCUCCACACCCAACACACGCUCACCUCGUCAGGCACGCAGACCGACUCCUAAAGCUGAGCAGCGGCCCAUUGAUCGUGUGCUACGAUCAGGUCCCCAUCCACCUUCUCCGUCAAUGCCACGGUCUCCUGGAUAUGGGACGUAUCAAGGGCGACGCCGUAAGGAAGGUCCACCCUUGGUGAUGAUGUUCCCCUGCAUCCCUUGUGGUCGAGAUGUUGAACUAGGAGAGAAGGGCCUUACUGACUGCCUCCGUAACCUCACCUUGGAGCGUAUAGUGGAGAGGUAUAGACACACAGUGAGCCUGGGCAGUGUUGCUGUGAUGUGCCAGUUCUGUAAGCCUCCUCAAACUCUGGAGGCCACUAAGGGCUGUGCUGACUGCAGAGCCAAUUUCUGCAAUGAGUGUUUCAAGCUCUAUCAUCCAUGGGGGACACCACGGGCACAACACGAACAUAUCCAGCCAACACUCAACUUCAGGCCAAAGGUCCUGACCUGUCCGGAGCAUGACCAGGAGAAGCUACAGUUCUAUUGCAGGUCCUGUCAGCGGCUGCUCUGCCCUCUCUGCAAACUGCGCCGCAUCCACACUGGACAUAAAAUCCUCCCAGUGGCGCAAGCUUACCAAGCUUUGAAGGAGAAGAUUACUAAAGAGAUUAACUACAUUCUGUCCAACCAAGACACAGUUCUGGCUCAGAUCACCCAGCUGGAGAGUGCCAUCACUCAGACUGAGGUAAACAGUGUGUCAGCCAGGGAGCAGCUGGCUCAGAGUAUCAGGGAUCUAACGGCUGCUCUGGCCGAGCGCCAUGCUUCACUCACUCAGGCUCUGGAGACAGCGCGGCAGAAACGAGGCGAGGCAUUGGCUGCUCAGGUGGCGGAGAGACGGGGCUUGAUGGAACAUGCCGGCCUCAUGGCGUUCACCCAGGAGCUGCUAAAAGAAACAGAUCAGCCUUGCUUUGUGCAAGCUGCACGCCAAACUCAUAACAGGCUUAGUAAAGCAAUCGAGAAUCUCCAGCACUUCACUUUUGCUGCUGACCCAUCCUUCAGACACUUCCAGCUGGAUGUCUCCAAAGAGCUCAAACUCCUGACGGAGCUGAACUUCAUCCAGGCUCCUCUGGCUCCAGUGAUUGAUACUCAGCGUACUCUGGCCUAUGAUCAGCUCUUCUUAUGCUGGCGACUUCCCCAAGAGUCUGCACCAGCCUGGCACUUUUCAGUAGAGUACCGCCGUCGGGGUGUGGUACCAGGAGGAGCCUCCAGAGGUGGGAUCAGAGGAGGACUGGCUGCUGCCCGUUGGGGCUGGCAGCGCUUGGAUGAAGUGAGUGGAAGCAGUGCUGUGAUAGACAGAUUGGAGAUGGACAGCGUAUAUGUGCUGCGGGUGAGAGGCUGCAACAAGGCAGGCUAUGGGGAGUACAGUGAGGAAGUGUACCUGCACACUCCGCCCGCACCAGUGCUUAACUUCUACCUAGACUCUCGCUGGGGUCUCCAUGCCGACCGGCUGGUGGUCAACAAAGAGCAGCGUGGUGCUCGCAGCGUCCCAGGCCUUUCUCUGCUGCAGGCUGCUGACCAUGCCCUCACUUCUUGUCACCUUACUUCUGACCUCCUGGUUGGAGAUGUAGCCAUUACGCAAGGAAGGCACUACUGGGCGUGCUCAGUCGAGCCUGGUUCUUAUCUUGUGAAGGUAGGGGUUGGUCUGGAGUCCAAACUACAGGAGUGGUUCCACCUUCCGCAGGACAUGGCCAGUCCUCGUUAUGACCCUGACAGUGGCCAUGACAGCGGAGCAGAAGAUGCGCUGGACUCUGCACCGCCUUUCUGCUUCCUCACUAUGGGGAUGGGUAAAAUCUACCUGCCCCAACACAGCUACCACCACCACAACAGCCAAGGCAACAAUAAUAGAGAUCCCAUCACCAACGGCAACGGCCCCUCCUCACCCUCGGGCCUCACCUACCCGCUGCCGCCCCGGCUCGGCGUGUGCCUUGACUUUGAGAAGGGACGUGUCACUUUCUACGAUGCCCAUUCUCUGCGACCCCUGUGGGAGGGUCAUGUGGAUUGCUCCGGCCCCGUGUGCCCUGCUUUCUGUUUUAUUGGUGGAGGAGCGCUGCAGCUGCAGGAGCUGGUGGCCAAUCGCAAUGCAGAUCAGACUCCGGUCAGACGUGUAACCAUCCAAUCGCGCGUCUCUAAUUUAAAUAACAACUGAUGCUUGAUCUGAAGUUUUAAUGGUAAUCUGGAAUGUAUUUGGCAAUUGUGAAGUAUUUACUCUCCUAAAGCGAAAAAGUUAGAAAUCUCAGCGAUUUUGUUUUGUAUUUAAUUUUCUUGGAUAAAAAGAUGUUUCUAUAGCGACAAAUAUGCAAUGUAAUUAUGUUUCUUACAUUUUUGUUACACUAAGUUUUGCAAGAUUUAUUGCUUAAGUAGUGUCUGGCAAAUCCAGAACUUGAUACUGUAUGUAAUUAUAUCUUCAAUGCUUGCACUUAACGCCAGGCUUUAUUGCAUACAUUUAUAAAGCUAAUGUAAAAAAAUGUGCCACACAGUUCUGUCUUUCACUAGAAGCUUUAUCUGUGCCAUUUCAUGUCCUUAAUGUUUGCUGUAUGUUUUAGAGAUAUGGACGUUAUGUAAGUGCAAAAAAGGCUUGAAUAUUUUAUUACAUCUAUAAGUAAAUCUGUGUUUAAACCACAGUUAAUGCUAUUCAUGCAGCCAUUAUGAUCUCUACCAAAGUUAUUAUUUUUUCUGAGUCGUAAAUGUGGUAAAUUAGAGGUAGAGAGGAACAAUGAGGCAAUACAGCAAUUAGGGGCUCUAAUUAUACCUCUGCAGCACAGCUAAUCACUAGUUUCCACAGUUCUGUUCAUGCUUUGCUGUUUGAUAUUUCAAAUACGUAAGCCUGAUUUUUUUUUGUAUAAAUGUGUGUGCACAUUUGUGUGUUUAAUUCCCUGAGCGCAUGAGAGCGUGUGUUUUGACUGAUAACAGCAGUGACUGGCUUAGAAAAAAGUAGGCCUUUUUUUUUUGCUACCACGUUCUUUUCUUCUUUUUAACUUUGCUCAGUUGUACGUUAAUGAGCAGCGCUUCUAAUGAAGAGAGUAGCAGAUUAACCCGAUGUAAACUUCACCUGCUGGCAGAAUGUUUGCAAAAGAAAAACAGAUUAAGGAAAUAAACACUGAAUAAAUUCAACUUGUUUAAAUUACAAAAA